AUGAGCAAGCUCCACCACCCAGCGCGCCGCCUCCUCGUCUUCCAGGAGACGCGCAACCCGCAAAACCAGUCGGAGAUCGUCUAUCUCCCCGUAAACAAGCUGGGACUGCCCAUCUGCGAUGGGCCCGAGCUGCCAUCAAUACUGGAGCUGCCGCUACGCAUCUUGAAGGUUUUUACAGAGAUGUUCAAUCAGCCAAAGUACAAGGGAUGGGCGGUGCUCUCCGCCGGUCCUUACCAUGACACGUCAGAGGAGGGGAAGUUUUAUGCCGUUGUCCUGGAGCAGACGCUGCAGGCGCAGGGGCAGCCUCAGCAGGAGGCUAUUAUGGGCUCGCCACCGUGA